AUGUCUUGUCGUACACUUCCUGAUGCUAUGUACCAAGACAAUCAAGAUGCUGUAAGCUUGAGUAGCGUUGCAAGUGACACAAGUGCCGGCAGUCAAACUAUCUCCGUAGACUCAAAGAAACAUGACAACUACUCCCAUUCUAUUGGGAAUAACACCUCAACGUUGGAAAAACAUGGAGUCUAUACUAAACAUUCCAGAUGGUUGGGCAAAUCCAUAGCUAAAGCGUUCAGAAGACGCACAAGGUCUACUACACAAUCAAUCAAUUCACUGGGUACAAUAAAUGACACUACGAUUACGAAUAUGGAGCCUAACCAAAUCAUCAGUCAGAAAUCGAACGAUGAAAAUCAGUUGGAUCGACUUUAUCUGACAAUCAGUCGAUUGCAGUGUAGGAUAGAUCUCCUUGAAAAAAGAAACAAAAAACUACAGGAAACCGUAUCGAAAUAUAAUCCUGAUGAUGAACUUCUAUGCAAUGAAUUUCGUUUGGAAAGAACCAACAGAAAAGUGUUUUUAUCAGAUUUGUCGUCUAAAUUUUGCAAAAAUAGUCGUUAUUUUGUGCCAGUCCUUGUGAACACUGAAGAAAUCAUUAUUGAUUCAGAAACGAAAAAAUCACUGAAAAUAGGAUGCAUUGGAUUACACGAUGAUAUGACUUGGAAUGAGCUGGAUGAAGUACUGCAAAAACUACUUCAGUGUUACAUCAGUUACUUGGAUCCUGAUGAACAUCUGCAACUUAAUUCACUGGAACUAGGGGCGUAUCAGCUAAAUUCAAUUUACAAAUAUCCAGAUAUAAAGAAAACAGAGAGCAUUGUGCGACGUUUCUCACGAAUACUACCACUACCAUCGCCACAACCGUUAUUUACAACAAAUCAGAAUCAUUCCCAACUGCCUGUUGCAGCUACGCUGGAAACUAGCUGUCAUAUAAACAGACAAAUUUAUUCACAGUUCCCCGUUAUGUGGUUGGAUGAAAUUACUAAGGGGUAUGAUUUGGAGCUAUUCACCUUAUCUGUAGAAAUAGAUUUACAAGGUCGUACUAUGAACUCAACAUUGAAAAGAAAGAAUAAAAAGGUACACCAAAAUGUUACUGAGAAAAUUGACAUGCUGAACUAUGGAUGUUAUACAAGUCUAGUACCAUAUAAUACACUGAAGUCCUACUUAUCUGUCAUCGAAGCAAAUAAUUUCAUUAUAAUCUGUGGACUGACUGGAACCGGGAAAUCGCAUCUGGUGAAUAAUCUGGCCAAAAUUUUAUCACAUGAUUCGUGUUAUUCAAAGGCAAUAUACAACUUCCGGUUUACAAAUAACAAAAGUCCAACUGUAAAAGAAAUGAAAAAGAUACUCAGAAAACAGUUAUCAUCCUUUUCGAAAUGUGGUUUCCCCAAAGUGAUAAACUUAUUUGAUAUGCAUCUCUUCCAAGGAUCUGUUGUGGAUAUUUUUAAUGUUUUUAAUACCUCAUCAAAACGUCCAAAGAUUAUAGGUACAAGUGAAAGGGCGGACAAAGAUUUUGAGAACACUUGCCAUGACAAUCAUGUAAAGAUCAUACACCACCUGCCUGACAUAAAAAGUACACAAGAAUAUUUGGAAAGAGUAUUAUACAGAAGUCUUGCUCAAAGUCGAAUGUUUUGUUCAGGUGGACUUAUUAACGAAGAUGUUAAUGCCAGUGCAAAUAAAGAUCGGAAGUGUUAUCAAUUGAUUUUCUGGUUAACUGAGUUUUGGAGGAAAUUAAAUGAAAUCCUGUGUUCUAUAGCUAACAGAAAACACUGUGCCAUUUUUGGCGUGCAGUCCACACUGAAAUGCCCCAUGGAUAUUAAUGAUUCAUUGCAUUGGUUUCUUGACCUAUGGAACAACAUGUUGGUUCCAGUUUUAUUUGAAAAUAUCAGAUAUGUAACGAAAGAGAAGUCAAACAAUGCCUACAACAUGUUAUUGACUGAUUUUAUUGCAUGGAUAAGUACUACAUGGCCAUGGGAUAGAAGCAAAAUAUACUUCCCUACUUCUUUGAAAAGCCCGAAAAUAUGUCUAACUCAGAAUCCAUCGAGUACUCAGAGCAUCCAACCUAUUCAGACUCCCUCUAGUUCCCUGGAUGCGGAAGUAUGCAAAAAUCGAACAAGCAUGGAUUCGGGGAUUAUUCUGGAUGGGAUGUACCCAACAAAUGCCUGUAGCAGUAAUGAUGUGGAACAAAUUCCAUCAAAUACAAACGAUUACAUACAUGUGAUCAGAACGCUAUGCAGAUUAGAAUUAGAGUAG